AUGGACACGAAUGAUUUUUAUUUGGGUUUUGGGUAUUCAGAAGCGAGAGCAGCAGCAGAUCUCUUUUCCACCGUCGCUCGAUUGAAGAAAUCGAGCUUGAACUACGGUCCGAACGGUAAGUCCAAAGGUUCCGGUGAAGUUAUCUUCUUCAACCGAGCGGACGCUUUGGCCGCCAUGCGCGAAUAUUCCGGCAUGAAGCUCGACGGUCGCGAAUUACAAUUGGAAAUCAUUGCCACCUCGAACGUCGGAUUGGCGCCGUUACCAAUCCAAGCGCGGUUAUCCGGCCGUGGUGGCCCGAAAGCACCUCAACGCAUGCCAGUUGGACGUGGCAUUGGCGGUCGCGUUGGCCCGCCCAUGGGUAACACGGGUGGUCGCGCGAGAAGUACGGGUGGUAGAAACGCUGGCGGUGGUCGAGGUGGUCGCGGAACCGGUGGUCGCGGCAGAGGCGGUCCGCAACGAAUGGACGUUCAGCAACCCAAGAAACAGACGGCGGCGAAGAAAAAGGCGAAGAAGCCGAGAAAGCCAAAGGCGAAGGCUGCGCCGAAGCAACCGCUCACGGCGGAAGCAUUGGACGCCGGCCUCGAUGCAUACAAAGCUCAAGCUAUGGAAUCGUAA